AUGAGUGAAGAGUCUGGAUCUACUCCUGUGACAACGCAGGAAACUACUCCCGCUGCGGAUACUCCUUCUGAGUCUCCCGCUGUUAGUAAUGCUACACCAGAUACAACAACUGAUGUUGUUGCCACUACGAGUGUUAAAACGGAAGAUGAUUCUAAUAAGAGACCAAGAGAAGAUGAAGAUAGUAACGGUGAGAACAAGGAUACCAAGGAAGAGGAUAAGGACACCAACAAUGACGAUGAUGAUGAAGACGACGAAGAUGAUGACGAAGAUGAUGACGAUGAAGAAAGACCAACAAAAAAGCAUCGUCAGGAGAGAAACCGAUUCUUGGAUAUUGAAGCUGAAGUCAGUGAUGAUGAAGAUGAAGAUGAAGAUGAGGAAGAAUCAGAAUUGGUUCGUGAAGGUUUCAUUACACAUGAAGAUGAUGAGCAGGGAUCUGCUGCUGGCAGAAGUGACAAAUUGCAUAGACAAUUAGACCAAGACUUGAAUAAGACAUCCGAAGAAGAUGCACAAAGACUGGCUAAAGAAUUAAGAGAACGUUACGGGAGAAGUAGCUCCAAACAAUAUCGAGCCGCUGCUCAGAGUGGGUACGUUCCUCAAAGAUUCUUAUUACCAAGUGUUGAUACAGCUACCAUUUGGGGUGUUCGUUGUAGGCCUGGUGCUGAGAAGGCAUUGGUUCGUAAAUUACUGAAGAAGAAAUUUAAUUUGGAUAGAGCCAUGGGGAAAAAGAAAUUAAAGAUUUUAUCCAUUUUUCAAAGAGAUAAUUAUACAGGGAGAAUUUACAUAGAAGCUCCAAAGCAAUCUGUUAUUGAGAAAUUCUGUAAUGGUGUCCCUGAUAUUUAUAUUAAUCAAAAAUUAUUAAUUCCUGUGCAAGAAUUACCUUUAUUAUUGAAGCCAAAUAAGUCAGAUGAUGUCUCUCUUGCAGAAGGUAAUUACGUUCGUAUCAAGCGUGGUAUUUACAAAGGUGAUUUAGCAAUGGUUGACCAAAUUAGUGAAAAUAAUCUAGAAGUCAUGUUGAAGAUGAUUCCUCGUCUGGACUAUGGUAAAUUUGAUGAAAUUGACCCAGUAACAAACCAACGUAAACCAAGAAGGGCCACAUAUGCGCAUAGACCUCCACCUCAAUUAUUCAAUCCAACGAUGGCCCUAAGAUUAGAUCAAGCCAAUUUAUACAAAAGAGAUGAUCAUCAUUUUACCUAUAAGAACGAUGAUUAUAUUGAUGGUUACCUAUAUAAAUCAUUUAGAAUCCAGUAUGUGGAAACGAAAAACAUUCAACCAACAGUGGAAGAAUUGGCCAGAUUUGGUUCUAAGGACGGAGCUGUGGAUUUGACAUCCAUAUCUCAAGCUAUCAAAAAGGCACAGGCUGCUCAAGUGACGUUUCAGCCAGGUGAUCGUGUAGAAAUCUUAAAUGGUGAGCAACGUGGCUCCAAAGGUAUUAUUGUUAGCACGACCACAGACAUUGCCACUGUUAGGUUACCAAACUAUCAAUAUAAACCAUUGGAAUUUCCAAUAUUGUCCUUGAGAAAGAUCUUUGAACCAGGUGACCAUGUUACCGUUAUUAGUGGUGAACAUGAAGGUGACGCAGGUUUGGUUCUGAUGGUUAAGCAAGGUCAAGUAACUUUUAUGUCAAAUCAAACAAGAGAAGAAGUUACCAUUACGGCUAAUAAUUUAUCGAAAUCUAUUGAUUCUACGCCUACCUCGAGUGAAUAUGCAUUGCAUGAUAUUGUUGAAUUGAGUGCCAAGAAUGUUGCAUGUAUUAUACAGGCAGGUCAUGAUAUCUUCAAGGUGAUUGAUGAAACUGGUAAGGUUUCCACCAUUACAAAGGGCUCCAUAUUGAAUAAAGUUGAUACUGCACGUGCACGUGUUACCACAGUAGAUGGUAACGGUAAUGAGGUGAAAAUUGGUGAUUCUGUUGUUGAAAAAUUAGGUGCACGUAGGGAAGGUCAAGUGCUGUACAUUCAAACACAACAAAUAUUCAUUGUUUCAAAGAAAAUUAUCGAAAAUGCUGGUGUCUUUGUGGUGAACCCUGCCAAUGUUGAAGCAGUUUCAUCAAAGGAAAAUAUAUUGAAUAGCAAACUAGAUUUGAAUAAGAUGAACCCAGAUAUUGUAUCAACUAUGGGUCCACCAUCUUCAUCGCAACCCAUGAUUAAACCACAACAAAGUCGUAUGGGACGUGAAGUUGCUCUGGGUAAGACUGUAAGAAUUCGUUCUGCAGGUUAUAAGGGUCAACUAGGUAUUGUUAAAGAUGUCAAUGGUGAAAAAGCCACAGUUGAAUUACAUUCAAAGAAUAAACAUAUCACGGUGGAUAAACAUAAAUUGGCCUACUAUAAUCGUGAAGGUGGUGAAGGUAUAACAUACGAUGAAUUAGUUAAUAGACGUGGUAGAGUACCACAGGCAAGGAUGGGUCCAAGUUAUGUUAGUGCACCAAGAGGUAUGGGUAAUCCAACUCAAGUUGCUGGUGUCCCUGAUGGUGGUAGAACACCUGGCUGGAAUUCGUUUGAUGGUGGUAAGACACCUGCUGUUAAUUCUCAUGGUGGUGCUGGUGCUGGUACUGCAUCUGCUUGGGGGUGUGCAUCCACAUGGGCUGGCCAAGGAACAGGUGCAACAUCUACCUGGGGUGGUCAAGGUGGUGCUUCGACGUGGGGUGGCCAAGGUGCUACAUCUACUUGGGGUGGUGCAUCUACUUGGGGUAAUAAAUCAAGUUGGGGUGGAGCUUCAACAUGGGCCAACAGUGGUGAAUCUAAUAACAACGGUGCAGGCUCGACAUGGGCUAAUACUGGAGAUUCUAAUAAUAACAAUGGUGGUACCUCGACGUGGGGAGGAAAUAAAGAAGGAGGCGCCUCAACAUGGGGGGGCAACAAAGAAGGUGGAAGAUCCACCUGGAAUGAUCAAGGUAGGAAUUGA